CUGUCAAACUAUUCAGCACAUAUCGCACCGAACGAAGUGGGCAAAAGAGGCAACACAAAAACAACCAAAACCACCCUAAACAAGUGCAAGAAGAAGAAGAAGCAGAAGUAGUGCACAGGGGUGAAAAGUGGUAGAAAAAGUGGGGCGCCUCUCACACAGUGACGUAAACACUACGCGCGCAGUGCCGUCUUGGUGUGCACCUUCUGACCGCGAUCAGGUUACGCACUCACACACACACACACACCGACCGACAGACGGCAUUGUGGUAACCACGGAACUCGGCCCUUGCAAUUGCAAAGGCAUGUCCUUCCGGUGCAGACCAAUUAGCAGCUCGGGACAAAACCAAUCGGGAAAAAACAUGUGAUAAUAGUGUGCCGCGUGUGAAGAAGAACGGGAAACUUCUCUCGCUUGCUCCAAGUGCCAGUGCCACACGGGAAUCGAAAUCGGGACCAAUCAAACAAAAACACUCGCAAGGAAGAGAAAGCGCCAGUACGGGGGAACAGCCAGCCAGCCAGCCAGCCAAUUGUUCGCUCGACGGUGCUAACACUACGAUCCCGAGGCGUGAUAAAUGGCUCGGUUAAGAUAACACACGCACGCGUGAGGCAAGAGCGGCUGGGAGCAGUGGUGAAACGCCAGCAAAGUUAAGCAACACACCACUCGCACACACACACGGAAAGUGGCGCACCUAAUCCACAGCAGCAAAAAAAGCCCGCGGAACGAAUUUACGAACGAUCUCGGGUUGCUUCGAUAAGAAAGUAAGCGAAGUUGGAUUUUGCUGCACGACCCCGAACACAGACCCCGAUCCCGCCAAGAUGAGCGUCUCCAAGUAUCUUCCCAUUCAUGUAUCCACCUCACAGAAGAUCAUUAUCCUAUCCGUAUCGGCUGGCGUGGCCCUGCUGGGCGCUCUUGCCGCGUACCUUGGCCGGCGGAGAACUCCACUCCCGCAGCAGCGCCGGAUACGCAAGCCCGGCAACAGACGGACGCGCAACAGUGUCCGCAGCCCGAACGAUAUCAUGUCGGUGGCCGGCUCGAAAGUGUCCGCCCGCUCGUACAGUCCCAGCGGGUCCGUUCACGCCAUCUCCGACCGCAUGUCGCUCGCGUCCGGGUCUCUAGUGGCCGCCGGAGGUCCGGUCGCAGCGAUGGGCACCGUCUCGCUGCUCGGAAACACAACGCCCCUUACCCCGCAGCAGCUCGGCGUGAUGGGCAUGGAGGCGCUGGAAAACGUGGUCAGCUACUGGGAGGACGCCCUGACCGGGCGCAACGAUUCGGACAUCAUCCCGGGCCGGGCCGCAAACGUCGAUCAGGACGAGUUUUGUCGCGAGCUACAGAACCUGCUGGACGCUGCCUACAACCUGCAGGAGCAGGGUGAGCUGCUCUUCCUGGACGAACGAUCCGUGCUCUACCGGGACGAUGAGCGGAAAGCCAUUACCGGGUCGGAGCACGGCCUCACGAACGGGCACCGGUCCGGUUCGGAUCCGAACUUCGAUUCGGCGGAAAGCUUCGCGUCCGCCCUGGACCAGGUGGCCGAUCUGCGCGAGUUCGACGACACGGAAUCGUUCAUGGAUCUGGAACGGUACCCGCUGUACUCGAGCGCGCUCGAAACGAUGGACGACCAGCAGAUACCGUACCGGACGCUGCGCACCGACAUGGUCGGCUGUGCGUCCGAUACCGAGUACCUGGCGAAGCUGCACUGCAUACGGCUUGCCUUUAAGCUGCUGUUCAAGGAUCCCAAAAAUGGACGCUGGGUAGCGGACACCGGCCGACAGAUACUGACCGAUCUGCUCUGCCUGGGCGAUAAGGAUCCGAAGGAUUUCCUCGUCGCGUACGAAUCGAUGCUCGAAUUUCUCCAAAACCCCAACAACUGGGUCGACAUCGAGCUGGAGCUGGAGUCGCGCAACGUGAAAGCGAUGACGUUCUACGACGUGGUGCUGGACUUUAUCAUACUGGACGCGUUCCGGGAUCUCGACGCACCGCCCAACAGUGUGCUGGCCGUCAUCAACAAUCGCUUCCUGUCGAACGGGUUCAAGGAGUCGGCACUAGCGACCGCCGUCUGGUCGGUGCUGAAGGCGAAAAAGCGCAUGCUCAAGUUCCCGAACGGCUUCAUGUCGCACUUCUACUGCAUCACCGAGCAGCUGUCCCCGCUGAUGGUGUGGGGUUUCUUCGGGCCGAACGAAAACCUGAAGGACGUGUGCCAGUACUUCAAGGAUGAGACGAUCGGCUUCCUGUGCGACAUCUACAGCUUCCAGAAGUGCCGGUACACCACGGUGGAGGAGCUGGCGGAGGACAUACUGGAGAAUAUGCGCAAGCGAGUGAACAACAUAGGCGUCAAGUUCAAUCAGUAGUGCUCCAUCGAUCAAUUGUGUUUUGUCCUGUUUUUUUUUCGGUUCUAAUUUAUUCCAUCCCUGCGGGGUGGAGCUCUUAAGGAUAAGGGAAUUUGUCUUUCUUUCAUUCUUUUGGUGUGACGAUCACCUUAAAUUUUCGUAAGAACAAAGCGGGCGGCCACUUGUGGGAUAUGCGUAUGUGGUGGUGUUGGUGCAACGGGCGACGAAAACAUGGUCAGAUCAAGCAAGCAAGCGGGUAGAUUUAGUACAACAAACUAUAACAUAAGCACCAUUUAAGAAGCAGGAGGCAUUAAAGGGGGUGGAAGGUGGGGACUGUAACUAAGUUGUUUCAAAUGCACACCACAUGGGCACAACACAAAUACACCAAGGGUGUUGUCGGAGGCUAUAAAGACAGCUAAGCGUAGGGAAAUAGCUUUAAUGAGUUGAGGAAUAAAUUUGCGCAUCAAAAAACGCCGAAAA